AUGUUUUUCAACACAGCAGCUCUGGCAGCCGCCGUGCUCGCCUCUACUACCACCGCGCACUUGUUCAUCUCUUCACCAGCUCCGAUUCCAGGCUCUGCGCCAAAGGACCCGCUCGAUCCCUCCGGCUCCAACUUCCCAUGCCACGGCGUCUCCCUUCCUACCUCUGGCGGCGAACACUUCCCGGCUGGCUCCUCGCAGCUCCUCGCGUGGGACCUCGGCGACGGCGCGAAUACGGCUGUUCACGGUGGCGGGUCCUGCCAGAUGUCCGUGACCUACGAGACUGACCCGGCCAAGGUCAAGGACCCGAAGAACUGGUAUGUCAUUUACAGCAUCGAGGGGGGUUGUCCAUCGAAUACAGUUGGAAACUUGGACUCCACCUACACCGGACCAUCUGGCAGCUACAGCGGCGCAUUGAGCUGCACAGACCCAAAGACCAACGGGGUGGACUGCGUCAACCAGUUCAACUUCACCAUCCCGAACGGUCUCAAGAACGGCCACGCCACGAUCGCCUGGACCUGGUACAACACCAUCGGCAACCGUGAGCUCUACAUGAACUGCAUCUCCGCCGAGAUCUCGGGUGGCGAUGGCUCUGAGAUGUCGCAGCUACCCAGCAUGUUUGUCGCCAACAUGGCGAGCGUCAACUCUUGCCCGACGUCUGAGCAGACCAAUGUCAAGUUCCCGGAUCCUGGCAAGUACGUUACCACCAAGCUGCCCUUCUCCGGCGCGCAGGCGAAAUUCGCGACCCCGACCACCUACCCGAUCGCCGCGCCCAGUGGAGCUUCUUGUGCGAACGAUGGAGCUCCGCCGGGCGGCCUUGCGAACGGCGGUGGUGCUCCUCCGCCUCAGUAUGGCGGCAGCUCUGCCCCGCCAGCAUCGUCUGCUCCGGCAUCUGCUCAGCCAUCUGCGCCAGCCUACUCCGCGCCCGCUUCUGCGCCCGCGCCUUCAGGCAGUGGUCUAGUCACCGUGACGACAAUGCAGACCGUCACUUCAGGCUCAGCGGCCGCCUCCUCUGCGCCUGCAUCAGCAGUCCCUUCAGGAGCGCCCUCCUCCUACGCCGCACCUGCCCCAUCAGGCACUUCGUCCUCGGGCGGCUGCGCCGACGGCGCCGUUUCCUGCUCAAACCCCGGCGGCGUCGUUUGCAUCGGCAGCAAGUCCUUCGGCCUGUGCAACAUCAACAACUGCGCCGUCCCUCAAGCGCUUGCAGCGGGAACGCACUGCGAGGCUGGCGAGAUCCGUAAGCGGGACCAUGUCAGGAGGCAUGUACAUGGGGCAAGGCAUCAUGUCUGA